UUUCCCUUUUGAGGGGAAGCGACAGUCAGAGUGACUCUCAUCACGAUACAUCAGAUUUGGGUCCUUCACCACCAUAUCAGAAAAUCACAAAAUGAGUGACGUAGCAAGAGAAAAAGCAGCGCGGCUGCUGAAGAAGCGAGCCAGCAACACAUCCAUGGUCAGCUCGGAACCCCUUCACCCUGUUCACAGGGUAGGGAUGAUGUCGAGGAGGCAAGGUACACAGGGUGGAGACGAUGACGAGGAGGUUGUCAAGGCAAGAGUAAAGGAAAUGAUGGUACCUCGGUAUAAAAUCAUCUGUGUUGUUCAUAUAGGACAGCUUGACGGUCAAGGGUGCAAAAUAACAAGUCGGUGUCUAUGGGACCAGAGAUAUGAUACGUGUUCCACAUACGAGUAUAGAAACCAUUCCUUAUUCGCUGUCGGGACUGUGUACGGAGUGUACUCUGAAUAGACUGCUGCAUGGAGCGCAAGUCUGCAUGCGGUGUAUCAAAUACUACGUAAUUUUGCCCCGUACAAUAAACAGCCUCAUUGUCUUUAAACUGAAAUUCCCAUUGUUCUACUGUCUUAUCAAAGGAAUAACAGGGCCAAUCUAUGACAAUAUCAACCCCCACGAAGAUCAGCUUCCAGUUUUAUGGGGGUUGGUAGGCCUAAACCGACAAAGGCAAAUGAACGCAAUGAAACCUAUUUCAUUGCACUUUCUCAAUCAUAGACUGUUUUUGGUUAUCAAAAAUAUGGAUAUAUUCUUGCGGAUUCUACUUUACUAUUUGCAUUAUUGCGAAUCAAUGGCAGUUGAAGUCCCAUUUUGCUCUUAUCGACAUAUGUACAUGCUUCCUUUCACUUGCUAAUACAAUGUACUGCAUGAGAUAGUAUGUAUGAAUGUAGAAUAAGGUAUUGUAAAUAAAGA